UUUUGUCCCUCUCCGUCAGAACCGUGCGGGCGGUUGAGGGGAUAUUAGUUGGCUGAAUAUCAGCAGGAAAUAGCAUCCCAGAAACGAUGAAGACCGUUUUUUAACUGCUCCGACCUCACUAUCGGACACUCAUGACGCCGCUGGACUGAGCAAGACGCAAGCCAUCACAAGCCGAGGAAGUGAACACUUAACGUCAGUAAUGAACGUUGUAACGUUGGCGGCUAACAGUUAGCAGUCAGACCAACGUCUCGGAGGACUGCUUUCAUAUUUACAGCAAGUUUUCCGCCCCCUCCUCGCCCCCUCCCACACACUCCCCGUGAGCCAGACAGACAACGUACCGGGAGACCCUCAACGAAGCAAAGAUAUGCAGUCGUCCGAGCAGCGCUGACAGGCUCCGGCUCUGGUUAGACACAACCAUGGAGUCCUCCUCUGAGUCCCAGCAGGAGCCUGAGAAAACUUUGCACCACGCAGAGUUGAGAGAGCACCAUGCCACCUCCGCUGCAGUAGUGUGCGGGGAUGACACCGUCCUUCUGACACCGAGCAGGAUGAGCCAGCGGCAGGUGAAGGAGCGGGACAAGGAGAAAGAGAAAGAGAAGGAGGCGGGCCUUCAAACGCCCAACAGGGAGCUGGUGGCCAGCCCAUCCAGCCUCAGCCCGGGGGUCAGCUACAGCCACGGUUUCGAGAGAGGUAAGGAGGACCUUCUGCCUCUGCCUUUGAAAGAGGAUUCCCAUUCCAUAUCUAAGAGCAAGUCAGAAACCAAGCUGUACAAUGGCUCAGACAAAGAUGUGUCUGCAUCCGGAGGAAAGCUCACCAAGAAGGAGUCCCUCAAGGUGCAGAAGAAAAACUACAGGGAAGAAAAGAAGAGGGCAACCAAAGAGCUGCUCAGCACCAUCACUGACCCCUCUGUCAUCGUCAUGGCCGACUGGCUAAAGAUCCGUGGCACUCUGAAGAGCUGGACAAAGCUUUGGUGCGUAUUGAAACCGGGUGUCCUGCUCAUCUAUAAAACCCAUAAAAAUGGGCAGUGGGUGGGAACGGUGCUGCUCAACGCUUGUGAGCUCAUCGAGAGGCCCUCCAAAAAGGACGGCUUCUGCUUCAAGCUCUUCCACCCACUGGAACAGUCCAUCUGGGCCGUUAAGGGUCCUAAAGGGGAAGGAGUCGGCUCCAUCACUCAGCCGCUACCCAGCAGCCACCUCAUUUUCCGUGCUGCCUCAGAGUCUGACGGUCGAUGUUGGAUGGACGCCUUAGAGCUAGCCCUCAAGUGUUCCAGCCUGCUGAAGAGGACCAUGAUCCGCGAGGGGAAAGAGGACAUGAGCACAGUAGCCACUGGUGGAGAGCACUCUAUUAAUUUCUACAGCCUCCUCAGAGCCCACAACAUCCAUGGUUUUCAGUUCAAUGACAGCGACCACCUGAAAGACCCUGACCUCUACUCGGACAAGUCGGACAGGGAGGGUGAACAGGACCACGAGGAGUCCGACCCAGAAGGCCUGGAAAAGAGUGAGGAGAGUGACAGCGACACGUCAGAGCGCCAGGAGGACUCCUACAUCGACCUGGACCCUAACGAGCUUCUGCGGGAAACCCCGUACCUGGAACAGUCCCAUGAGGAACUUGGAGAGGCUGGCGAGGCUGCCCAGACAGAGACGGUAUCAGAGGAGAAUAAAUCUCUUAUCUGGACUCUGCUGAAGCAGGUGCGGCCUGGCAUGGAUCUCUCUAAGGUGGUGCUCCCCACCUUCAUCCUGGAGCCAAGGUCCUUUCUGGACAAACUGUCUGACUACUAUUACCACGCAGACUUCCUCUCAGAGGCCGCAAUUGAAGAGAACGCUUACAACCGGAUGAAGAAGGUGGUGAAGUGGUACAUCUCUGGAUUUUACAAGAAGCCUAAGGGGUUGAAGAAGCCUUAUAACCCCAUUAUUGGAGAGACGUACCGCUGCAUGUGGCUUCAUCGGGCGACCAAUAGCAAGACCUUCUACAUAGGAGAACAGGUUUCGCAUCACCCUCCAGUGUCAGCUUUCUACGUCAGCAACAGGAAGGACGGAUUCUGUCUCAGUGGCAGCAUCCUCGCCAAGUCCAAGUUCUAUGGAAACUCCCUGUCGGCCAUAUUGGACGGGGAGGCUCGGCUGACUUUCCUCAACAGAGGAGAGGACUAUGUGAUGAACAUGCCCUAUGCUCACUGUAAAGGCAUCCUGUACGGCACCAUGACUUUGGAGCUGGGCGGUCAGAUCACCAUUGCAUGCGAGAAAACGGGCUACAGUGCUCAGCUUGAGUUCAAACUAAAGCCGUUUCUGGGCAGCAGUGACUGCGUCAAUCAAGUCUGUGGAAAGAUCAAGCUGGGGAAGGAAGUGUUGGCCACACUAGAAGGACACUGGGACAGUGAGAUCUUCAUCAACGACAAGAAGACAGGGACGGUGGAUACCUUCUGGAACCCGACGUCAGAGCUGAGGCAGAGUCGACUGACGCGCUGCACCGUCCCACCAGAGGAGCAAGGAGACCUGGAAUCAGAAAGACUGUGGCAGCACGUGACGCGGGCCAUCAACAACAAGGACCAGACCGAGGCCACCAAUGAGAAGUUUAUACUGGAGGAAGUUCAGCGGAAGUCUGCCCGAGAACGGAAAGCCAAGUGCGAGGAGUGGAACCCGGCCCUGUUUGAGCAAGACCCUGUCACAGGAGAGUGGCAUUACAGAUAUGCAGACACAAGGCCAUGGGAUCCGCUCAACGACCUGAUCCAGUUCGAGAAAGACGGCUGUAUCCAGACCAAGGUCCGACACCGCACCCCUAUGGUACGUUCUGGCAGUCUUAUUAGUCUGAGUAACCAGGGGCCGCGGAGGGACAAUUGCAAGUGCCAGGUGACGGUGCCAAAGAGGAAACACAAGAGUGACAAGUCUAAGAGCCGAGAGAGUGGCUGCUCCUCACCUGAACCUGACCGUCAGGACUCAUCUGGCAGUGAACAAGGCCAAAUGACUGCUAGUAGUAGGCUGAAACUGAGACACAAAAGCAAGCAUAACAGUCGGCUGAGGAAAAAGGGGGCCGACCUCAGUGAACUUCAAAGUGCCAUUGAAUCCAUUAAGAAGACGCAGGAGGACAUUAACAGGAACAUCAGCGUGCUGCGGAGCCGUGCGGCCGGCCGGGUGGAGGGCAGUUCUUUCCUCCAGCAGCGUGACUACAUCAUCAUCGUUUUCCUCAUCCUCCUUCAGGUCCUGAUCAACUAUGUCUUCAAGUAGCAGCCAUACCCCGAGGAGAGAGACAGUGAUGCCGUCUCACACACUCUUAUACACAGACACACUCGCAAUCAUGAAAAAACUCAAUAUACACCAUGAACAUUAGGCAUCACAACCUCGAGAUGUGAACUUUGACCUCUCACAAUAAGUGACUCGGACACUCUUCUUGUCUGUCUUUGUUAAAUCCAGCUACACACGUCCAGAGAAGUGGAGACUCCCUCACACAAAGAAACUUUAAAAAAAAAAAAACAUGUUAUUUUUAAGCAGCCCAUUCCAAAACUCUGUGGAGAUCCGCGGAUUUCAAAAGCGAAGAGGAGCGGCUUUAAGGAGAAGUAGUUGGAGUGGGGAUUUUGUCGUGAUUUCUUUUGAGCUUGUUGAUUUGCCUUGAUGUAAGAGGUAAAGACAGCAGCCAUUGCAAUUAGUUUUAGCUGUUUUUUUUAAAACUACCAUGUGAUUCACAUUUCAAACCACAGGGAAGUGUUUAACAUGGAGACAAGUACCACAGCUCAUAUGGCAACACAGAUUUAAAGAGAAGUGUACCUUUGAAUGCUCUUUUUUAACGUUUUGCUCCUCUGCUGGUUAUGUCUUUUGUGAAGCGGGGUCUACUCUGGACAAAAGGCAGUGAUAAGGGAGCGAAAAACAAAUGGGUCCAAUCGAUGUGACUUUUAUUUUUUUAUUAUUGGAAACUUUAAUAUGAGGCGGGGUUUCCACGUGUAGAAACGGACGUGGAAGACAAAUGACACAAGGGACAUUGUUAAAAGGUACAGAGGCUAUAGUUUCUGCUGUAUAUCAAACCUUCUCCUUUGGGAUACUAAAUCAAUGUUGAAAGACCGAAGUCGGCGUCGUUGUAGACUGGAGGUAGCAUGUAUAGACUAAGGAGCGUGGUUAUGACGUUAGCGUUAUGUACAGUAGUUUGACUUAGGGCACAAAUGCACUGGAAAUGUCACAUCGGUGUUCUUAGCAUGGUUUAUACAAUGACAAAAUUGUUUUAGAUCUCUGCUCAGACAGUCAAAAAAACAUUUGGGGGUGAUUUUUCAUGAGCCUCAGUGACCACUGCCCUCGUUUCAGAUAAAGGGAGUUGGUACGUUUUAAUCAGUCAGCAAGGUUUUCUGAAAUCGACCUUGUUAGACUUUAUGACUUAUUAAAGGAAUACAAUAAGACAUACACUUUCUUGCUUGGAGUUAGAUGAGAAGAUCGACCCUUAUAUGUUCGAUGCAACUAGCAGCUGCUCAACCGGGCACAAGACUGGGAACAAGUGGUUUUAGUGGGAAAACAUUUUAAACUUAAACUCAACUAAGUGAGUAUGUGUAUUUCCCAAAAUAAAUUCAGUUAAAUUCAUUAAAUAAAAACUGUUUCUUCAAAACGAGUUUUAAUUUCCCGGGUUAUGUUGUGCUACCACAUAGACAGAACCUAAAAGAUGCAACGAGGAGCUGAUCUAAAGUCAUGUAAAAACUCCUCUCAGCUUCUGCCUGCAGCCACUUUACGGCAAACACCAAUUCAGAGCAACGAUGACCGCUUUCAGUGCUUUUGUGCCUCCGACGUUUACCAGGAGAACUAGUAUAGACACUUUAGUAAGCUACUGGUGGGAGGAGAUAGACUUUUUCUAACUACUACUAUCACCACAGUUAACCAUUCCAAAUGUACGCGAGUACCAGCCAAACUCGGUGUGUAGAGUAGGAGACGACCCCGUUCACUGUGUAAAUAGCCGGCGGGACGGCGCGUGGCGUUUCAGCGCGAUGCAGACACUCCCGCGCUCUGUGCACAAGCCAGUCUUUUCAACCUUGUGUGUCUUUCUGUCCACUGCUCUGUAGAUACACAUGGACAUUAGCAAGAAAACAAACACAAAAAAAACGGAUUAGUGGGGUACACAAUUUGGUUCCCGUCGCAAAUUGAUCAAAGAGGCCUCAAAUUGUCGCUGUUACUCGUUACGUAGUUGCAAAAAUAAAGAUGCUUUUGGAAAUUUCACACAAAUUGUACACUGGUUCUAAUCUGUUGCCUUCCUCUUAAGAAAAAAUAAUUUGCUGUUUUAAAGACUGGGAAAUAAUGGUGAACAGACCCCAUUUAAAGGUACAAGGUUAAAGGGAGCUGUGUGUUUUCAGCAUCGAUCCACAAAGAAGGCAGCACAGCGCCAACAUGUCCCACCAAAGAUGCAAUUAACUGACCACUAAUUCAGGCAAUUGAAAAUGCUCCUAAACACUUGGGGACCAUAUCUGAACAUUGAUAUUGUGUCCUGAUGUUAGCCUUGUUGACGUUUACACAUCCGAUUGCCUCCGCCGUCAGCAGACUGUUGAGCUUUGAUAACUCUGUAAUGCUAACACAGGUAUAAAGAAAGACUGGUAGCAACGUUGGGAGCCCACCGUACCCCCCCCCCCCCCGUAAGUUACCCGGCUGGCCCGUGUGUAUCUGUACGAGUAUUUUUGUGUAUCCUCAUUGCCUCAUCUUAAAAGGAGAAUCCAGAUAUCAGAAUGUGGAGAAAUAAGUAUAUACCAGUGCCUUCUAGAGUCGGACCUGGGAGGGGGUAAAUGAGUGGUGGGAGGCAGCGGUGUGGGAGGGUGCGGUUUGGCGCAUGCGGAGUCUCAAGGUGAGCUCAAUGGUGAUGGCAAUAACCUGGAAUAAGUCCAUAUGUCGGGGGGCGGCUGUAGUCACUGUGGUGUUUCCGAGGGGACGUGCCAUAAGAAGCCUUAGCAACAAGUGUGACUGCGACUCCAGAGCUCACCAUCCCACCCCCCCACCCCCCCCCCUCCCCUCCUCUCCCUCCCCCCCUCCCCCAAAGCAUCGACAUAGUAAAUCAACAGUAGGUUUUCCGGAUGCUUAUUCCUGCCACAGCAGAGAGAAGGAGAGUAAGGGAGAGAGACCACUCCUCUACGUGGGCACAUUCGUCCCUCUCUCGCUCUCAUGUACCAAAAUUCCGAGUGGAAAUAAACAGCUCUGCUGUCUGUUGUUGUUGUUGUUGUUGUCUGUACAAUAAUACAUUUUAUUUAUUCCUCUUUUGUAUGUGGGUUUCUGUUUAUUUGCUUCAGCUUGUAGCUUUAGUUCAAUGCUGAUUUUAAAUUUACACAAAGUUGGUUUUAUCCCUCAACUCGUGACUUGACGUCUCACACAAGAGACUGUCCUCAGCUUGUGCACACUGCCCCCCCCCCCCCCUCACUCAUACACAGCUACCCUUUUUCCAAUCUGAGUAUGUGAUUAUAUCUAUUGUAUUUCCAUGGCAACUAUAACUUCCUGUAAGUUUAUGGUCAAUGUAACAUAACACAGAAUAAAAACAAAUGACAUCUUG